CAGCAGAUAACGCCUAGCGCAGAGCUUGAAUGGCAGCCGUGCUACGACUUCAUCAACCCCUUACUCCAAUGCGCUCGUCUUACGGUGCCGCUGGACUACAACCACCCGCAGGCCCAGUCAUGCAUCAGUCCCAAAGUGCACAUCGCCCUGCUUCUCCUCCCGGCAAAGAAUGCGAAUACCACAUCUGUCAGGUCACCGAUGCUCAUCAACCCCGGCGGUCCAGGUGGCUCGGGCGUGCUUCUAGCUCUUAGUCUAGCACCGGAAUUUCAGACCAUCUUCGGCGAGGACCAGCCCAUCAUCGGCUUUGACCCGCGCGGUAUCGGGUACACGACGCCGCAGGCCGACUGCUGGGCCACACCGCCGCCCUGCGAUGGCUGUCCCGAAGAUACGGGCAAGGGCUUGGGACACCGGCUCGAGUGGUUAAACAUGAAUGCUGUCUUUGGCGGCGUCAACUCGAGCAACAUCGCCCUCAAGUACCUCGAAGCCGGCCAGCGUGCCGUCAACGACAUGUGCAGGGAAAAAGACUCUCAGCUGGACGGCCAGAGCAUCUUUGGCCAUGCCUCGACGGCCCACGUCGCCCGCGACAUGAUCAGCAUCGUUGACGCGUGGGAGCGACGGGCCGACAAAGACCAGCACGCGGCCGCUGCCGAGAACCCGACCAAGGGGAAACUAGUCUACUGGGGAUUUUCGUACGGCACUUACCUCGGCGCCACCUUCGCUUCCAUGUUCCCUGAUCGCGUGGGGAGGUUGUUGUUAGACGGUGUGGUUGACGCCGAACUGUACCCGACGCCCAUGUGGCGAGACAGCCUGGUCGACACCGACAAGAUACUGGGCGAGUUCUUCCGCCUCUGCGCCGAGGUCGGCACCAAGUGCAAGCUGUACCGCGACGGGGAUACUUCGGCUGACGUCGAGCACCGAUACUAUUCCAUCUUUGACGGGCUCUCGGCCAACCCCAUCACCUUCACGCACCCGGAUAGCUUCUUCCCCGUCAUCAUCCGCGCCAGCUUCAUCAAGACGCUCGUCUUUUCCAUUAUGUACAGCCCCGCACAGCUUUUCCCCCUUCUCGGCAUCCUCUUGGACUUCCUCUAUGAGCGGCAGCACGAGCAGCUCGCCGCGCUGUUUCAGGAUCCCCAGCUGCACUGCCUCUUGCCUGGAAACGCCUUGACCGGUCUCUUGACCGAUGCGCAGCGCGCCAUCAUGUGCAGCGACAAGAUACGGCCGGUCAACAUGACGCUCGACGAGAUCAGAUCCGAGUUUGAGGCGGUGGCAGAGACGUCGCAGUUUGCCGACAUCUGGACCGGGAUUAUGCUUCAGUGCAACAACUGGGACAUUGCAAAGCCGCACCGCGUGGCGUCGGAGUCGACACUGUUGCAGGCCGUCAGGGGAAGCAAGAUCGAGACGGCGUUUCCGAUCCUGUUCCUCAGCAACACCUACGACCCCGUCACACCGCUCGUCGCCGCCGUCAAGAUGGCACUGGCCUUCAAGGACGCCGGCCUGCUCGAGCAGAAGGCGUACGGCCACUGUACCAUCUCGUCCGCCUCGCUGUGCACCGCCCUGGCCGUGCGCGACUACGUGCUGCAUGGCAAGGUGCCCCCGCCCCCCGUCGUCCACGGUAAGGACUACCUCGCCGGCCGCUGGACGACGUGCGAGGCCGACCAGACCCCCUGGAGGCAGUACAACCCUGCCGCUACUGCAUCCGUGUCUGCGGUUGAUGAGGCCGACGCCCGGGACAAGCAGCGCCUGCUCGAGGCGUUCCGGAGCGUCCAGCAGGCCCAUGCCGACGUGCAGAAGUGGACAGGUGGCGGGCACGACAUCAACAGCCUUCUGAUCCGGCUUGCUAGGUCGGAUGUAGUGUAG